CGGGCUCGGGGGCGUGGCUCCGGGGGCGGGGUAUAUCAGGCUGGACUCGGGCGCGCCUCCUCGCACUCGCGCGUUAGGAGGCCUGGGUGUGUGUGGCGCGCUGUCUUCCCUCCCGCGUCCGGGACCUGCCCGACUCAGCGGCUGCCAUGGCAUCAGAUGAAGGCAAGCUUUUCGUGGGAGGGUUGAGCUUCGACACCAACGAGCAGGCGCUGGAGCAGGUCUUCUCCAAGUACGGGCAGAUCUCUGAAGUGGUGGUGGUAAAGGACAGGGAGACGCAGCGAUCCCGUGGCUUUGGGUUUGUCACCUUUGAGAACAUUGAUGACGCUAAGGACGCCAUGAUGGCUAUGAACGGGAAGUCUGUGGACGGGCGGCAGAUCCGAGUUGACCAGGCUGGCAAGUCUUCUGACAAUCGGUCCCGCGGAUACCGGGGUGGCUCUGCAGGAGGCCGGGGCUUCUUCCGCGGGGGCCGCAGCCGGGGCCGUGGGUUCUCCAGAGGAGGAGGAGACCGAGGCUAUGGAGGUGGCCGCUUUGAGUCCCGGAGUGGGGGUUACGGGGGCUCUAGAGACUACUAUGCCAGCCGGAGUCAGGGUGGCAGCUAUGGUUAUCGGAGCUCCGGUGGUUCCUACAGAGACAGUUACGACAGUUACGCUACACACGAGUAAAAGCCCUCCGCGUCCAGAUCGUCCUUCCAUGGCUGUAAUUAAGAUGGGGGAGCUUCGCUGAGCGUUGUGUAGUGAGCACCUUGAUCCCACUUUUGUAGUCCUUUCAGUUCCGACCCCUCGGCAGCCUGCUUCUGACCCGAGAUGGCCGCGUGACUAGACUUCUUUUCAUGAAGUGCUGUCUGUUUUUAAGCGUUUUUUAAAACGUUUUGGAAAGCACUUCAGAUUUUACUGUUUACCAUGAGCCAUGGGUUUUUGUUUUUUUUUCUAAAUUGUCUGGUUGUGUGGGUUUUGGUUACUGAGAUGUUUUUUCGGGGUUUUUUUUGUGUGUGGUUUUUUGUUUUUUGUUUUUUGUUUUUUUUUUGGUUGUGCUUUUUUUUUUUUUUUCUUGUUUUUGUUUUUUUACUUUUUUAUGUGGCCGCCCAUGAAGUCUGGCGCCCCACCCCUCCUGAGAUGAAAUGGACUUGAUUUGAGCAAGCCAUGGCUCUCCAGCUCCCCAGCUCCACUGUGGAGCGCAGCAGGUCCCGCCCGUGGGGCACAGGUCUGUGGGGACGCAGCAGUCCGGGAGGCUGUGGAAGUGUUUAUUUAUAUUGUCCUUUUUUACUGAAGAUAUGCAUACUCCAUCGAUGUUGUAUUCACAGUGGCUGAGGAAUUCUUGUACGCAGUUUCUUUGGCUUCACGAAGCCGAUUAAAAGACCGUGUGAAACGAA